ACGGAAGGGCCCGGGCUGCCAGAUCAAGAAUAGACGCGGCUGCGGUGCCGGCACUCGGAAGUCGGGUCCGAGCCGCGGGCAGAAGAUGGCGUGCUGCCACCGUCUGCUGGCGACCAUCUUCCUGCUCGGCCUCGCGUACACAGAAGGCGCGGCGCUGCUGUGCCACGAGUCCACAUGCCUGGACGAGGACCCGCUGACGGCGUGCGCCUUCAACAACGACACCGUGCUGAAGGAGUGCGACCUCGAGACGUUCCGCGAGGCGUCGCGCCGCAUGAACCGUCCGUGGCACCGCAUCGUCACCAACCUGCCCACCACCUGCAUCAAGAUCGAGGAGGAAGGCUACGUCGGCGGCGAGGAGGCGACGGGCGUGGUGCGCAUGUGCUACCUGGACCUGCCCGAGAUCUGCCGCAAGCUGGCCGAGGACCCCACCGACCUGGUGGACGAGCACCGCCGGCCGCUCAGGGUCGCCUGCCACACGUGCGGCUCGGACGGCUGCAACGGGGCCGUCUCCCGGGGCCCCGCCGCGGGGCUGGCGGCGCUCCUGGCGGCCGUCUGCGGGACCCUCCUCGCCUGAGAGCUGUGCCGCGGCUCCCCGCCUUCUGCCAGCAGACUCGAACUGCUCUGAAGCAAGAACUGCCACUGAUCAAGUUGCAGGAUUAACUGUUAUCAUUGGCUGUUGGUGUGCCAUUUGUGAACACACGCGUGUAUCAUUCAUUACAUUAGCCGAUGUCAUUUCUGUCGGCGAAUCGUAAGUUAAUGCUGGAGUCAUGCGUAGUAAACUCAAUAAUAGUCUAUGGAUGACAUAGACUGAUUUUUCUUUUUUCUGCACAUCAUAAUUGUACGUUUUGCCAAACGAACUCUUAAGAAUUCAGGGUCCUUACACCUCCUUAAUAUCCUUUAAAAGUCCUUUAUUUUGUCUUUAAUUGAAUAAGGGCCCUUAAAUAUUUUUUUUAAAUUUCACUAAGAAUACUUAAAAAGUCCUUAAUGAAGACUGAUAGCUCGUAAAUAAUGGAAAAAUAAGGGUAUUUGAAAGUUUUUAUUGUUUCCGACUUGGCAGCAGACAAUGUUCGCGCAUGUGCAGCACAAUUGGCGAAUUUCGGGCCAUGUAACUAUAUUUUAUCUAUAAAAAAGUUUUGAAUUAAUUUUUCAUAUUUUGCAUCUCACCUUUAAAUUAAAAAUGUGUGUUAUGUUGUCUUAAUUUGAACUUGUAAAUGUAAUGAGUGAUCAAACUAAAUGUUAGAACUACAAAUUUCAGACACUAUGCUUGGGUUAUAUAUGGGCUCCAAAGAUGUUUCUGGACAAUAGGGGCUUAUCUGUAAGAGAUGACUAAUGAAAGACUUAUUUUGUGCAUUAAAUAUUAUAAUGGUUAUUUUCGUGAGUUAUUUCAA